AAAAUAAAUAAUGGAACUAUACAUAAAGUAAGAGACAAGUAAGAUUAUUUUUGGGCUUUUGGCCUUUACCUGGAUCUGUAGUGUCCUUAUUUCGAGCGGCAAUAUCUCUCCCAAAGUUUCCAAAUGCUAACUUGAACUUAAUCAAUUCAUGGCUCUAGAUCUCAUCCUGGAUAUCUUUGUUUGGCACCAACCUCUUCAGCACAUCUAAGAACCCACCAUUUAUUACACGAUCUGAUUCAAUGGAUGGGUGCUUGUAGUGAAGAGAUGGGUUUAGAAAAUAACCGGCUGAAUGGAGGCGCCCGUGAAGCGGGCGAGAUGCGGCCAUGAUGCGGCUGUAUCUGUCAAAAGCGCAUAUGCGACUGAACAGGAUGCGGAUGCGAGCGCAUCCCGCAUGAUGCGGCCGCAUCUGUCAAAAGCGCAUAUGCGACUGAACGGGAUGCGGAUGCGAGUGCAUCCCGCAUGAUGCGGCCGCAUAUGCGGCCGCAUUUUAAAACAUUGCUGACUAUGUCCCAAUACUCCUUGAAGGAUGCAAUUGGGAAGCCAUCAGGCUCAGGGACCUUGUCGUUUGCUAGAACUUUGACCGCUUUAAGAAUCUCAGAUUCAGCAAAAGGUCGCUCUAGCCAUGCUGCUUGGUCUUCAUUGAGAGAAAGGAAGUCUAAGGUCAAGAAUCUUGGUUUGGGUUCCGAGGGAGCUGAGUAUAAGUUCUAAAAGAAGUGAAGGAUGGCUUGUUGAAUAUCACCAGCUUGGGUAAUGUAAAAAUUGCUGACUUUUAUUAUCUAUAUAGCGUUGUCUCUGCAUCGACAAUUUGCUAUCCGAUGAAAAAAGCCAGUGUUAUGAUCCCUUGCUUUCAGCCACGAAACUCUGGAUCUCUGAAACCAAAAGAUUUCUUCUUUUUUCAAGGUGGCGAGGUACUCCAUCUUAGUCUUAGACCAAAGAUCUAGUCCUGAGACGUCUAAGGGACUGGUCUCUUCAAUUUCGUCAAGGUUCUUGAUGUUUUCCAGUAAUGAGGACUUUUUUUGCACGAAAUUCUCAGGGAUGGUUUUGCUCCUUUGAGAAGCUGAAUUUUUCUUUGAGGGAUAAAUCCUGCUCUCCCCGAGACCUGAGAAUUAAAGGAAGUCCACAAGGAUUUAACAAGGGUUGGGAGGUCCUUCUCAAGAAGCUAGUGCAAAUCGAAUCGAAAGGGUCGAGGGCCCCUUAUAAUAGCUUUCGUAUCGAGAACGAUGUGACAGUGGUCCGAAGUAGGUUUGGGUUGGGCGAUUGCGAUCUAGGGAAAAAUUCCUCCCAGUUUGCAGAAAUCAAUAACCUAUCAAGUUUAGAGAGGGUGGCGUUAGAACUGUGGUUGGACCAAGUGUAAUUGCGGCCUGGGAGAGGGCUAUCAAUCAGCUGAUUACAGUUAAUAAAAUCUGAAAAAUUCCUCAUUUAUUGGGUGAUAGAAGACGAGGAGUUCCUCUCGUGGGACCAGCGGACCACAUUACAAUCUCCCCCCACACACCAAAUGGGAUGUGGAAGGGAGGCUAUGUGAUCCAACUCAGUCCACAAUUUUUGUCUGAAGUUGUUGGAAUUGGGGCCAUAAACAGUCUGAAAUUUCCAGGGAGUUCCAUCUGAAAUAUUAGAAAGUAGGAGGGUAAUAGAAAAUUCCCCUACGAAAUGAGAGAGGAGGGAAAGGUCUGAUUGGUUCCAGAUCACCCAUAUACCUCCUAAGGCUCCAUCAGACGACAACGAGACUCACUGGCAAGGUCUCCUGCCCCAGACCCGACGAACAAUCUUAAGGUCAGGUUCAGGUUGUUUGGUUUCAAGAAUGGCCAAGAUAGUUGGGGAGUGUUUCAGGGUAAAGGCUUUGACUGCGUCUUUCUUAAAGUCCUCACCAAGGCCUCUAAUAUUCCAAAUGAGCAGCCUCAUUUGAGACCGGUGAAAGUUGGGGAGGAGGAUAGUCUAGGGGACCUCCUCGGACGACCAAGAAUGGAUGGGGAGGGGCUGAAAUCAUUAAUUUCUCUAGGAAAGGAAAGGAAGAGAAAAGGUUGCAAAGCUCUCUUUGACCUUUGAUUCUUACCUGCAGUUUGCUCUCUGCACCAGCGGUGAUGAACUUGCGAGCUGGUCCUUCAGGUCCAUUGUGCUCAAAACCUAUAAUCCUAUACAUAGUUCUCAUCCUAUCAUCAUCCGGAUUAGACCUGACAUCUGGACUUUCUUCUACGUCCUUGGCACCUAGAGGCCAUGGUUCAUCGAGAGUUUCUUCGGAUGAGGCAAGGCUCUGUUCCGUUGGGUAAAGGUCAGAGGGUAGGGUUAGGAGAGGAGGGGAGCUAGGGCUAGUGCAACGGGAGGAGAGAAGGCCAGCACAGGUUCAGAGACGGGAGGCGAAGGAAGGAGGGGUUGGCCGGGGGUACAAAACGGAACGGGGGAGGGAGGAGGGUUAACUACCGGGGUGAUCUCCAGAUCUUGAGCAAGAGGAUUAGUGGGUUAAGCCGAGAAAUGGGCAAGAAAAAUUGGUAGGAAGUAGAUGGUAGGAACGUAAGUCAGGAAUUGAUAAGUCCGGAUGGAGGUGUAAGAGGAUAGGGAGUAAGGGGAAUCUGGGGGCCAAACAAGGUGAGGGGUAAAGGAAAGGUGGGGGGCCAGGAUGUCAAUGGCUGAGGCUGCAUCAGGAGGGGAGGGGUCUAGCGAAAGGGCAGUGUCAAUACCAACUGGGAAGAAGUCGUUAUCCAUCUUCAGAGUUGGGAUAGGCUUGGAGCCCUCGGGAGAGUGGGAGUCAAGGUUAAACGGAUAGAAAGAAAGAGAGGAAGGUAGGGUGAAGAUGAGGGCCAAGCCACCAAAAAGAAGGUUGGGGUGAACCAGAGCUAGGUUCGAGGCUCUGCGCGACCCCAAUACAGCUUGAUACUGGACUUAAAAAUUAAGAAUGCAGGAGUACAUGGUUUUCUUAAUUGUUGAUUGUGUUAUAGCCUUUGUAGUAAUGACCUUGCUAGGAUAAUGAUUAGGCUCACAAGUGUCAUGGUUAAUUGCCUGGUUGAAUCAUGCUUUGGUUAAUGUUGUUCACGGAAUGAGCUGAAUAAUACAACUUACAAUGUGGGGGUUUGACUUGUUACGGUUAUAUCAUAUUCCUUGUAACAUUUUAGCUGCAUGAAUCUAACUAACUAUUCGACUGAAUCCCUUAAUUUUGGACUCUUGAACCACCUCAUAUUAAAAUAAAAUGAAGAAGGAUUUCUUCCUUGGGUCCAUAUAGCAUUAAAUAUUAUAAGAAUUGUAGUCCAUAAUUUCCUAAUGUGGUCAAUAAUUUCCUUAUGGGGACUUAUGGCCACAUUGAGGGUAUGACCCUUGAUAGAGCAGAUUGGCGGACAAGGAUUGGUGUAGCCGACCUCAAAUAGUUGGGAAAAGGCUAUGAUGAUGAUGAGUCCAUAAUUUGCUUAAGUAGGAAUUAUUGAUUAAAAAGUCGGCAUAAGGAGGAGUCUCUGAAUAACAUAAGAAAAUAUUUCCCACCAAUCAAGCAAACUUAGGAAGUAUUUGAUGCAAGUUGCCACUAGGUUGUCUUGGUUAUUAGGACUAGUGAAACAAUAUUGUCUCACUUGAAGAUUAAAAGGUGUAUCCUAUGUCUAUAAGUUGUAGACAAUAUAGAUGGAUCACACUACAAUUUCAUAAUUGACAACAUGCUCAGUUCUAUCCAACUCUAUUGUUUUCCCAUGCUUUCCACAAUUCGCUUCGAUUCCUAAGUUUGCCAAGGAGAUACUUGAUAUUUAUGACCCAUGCAACUUUCCCUAACUAAUUCCCCAAUUAGGAUGGCGAUUCCGCUCCAUAAUCUUGUUCUGGCUCCCCAAGAGAGGGGUUUUCAAGGGAUGCUAAAUUUUAAAAUUUGGAUCUUUGGCCCCAAUGUUAGGGAUCAUGAUCCCAAGUUGCAAGGACCAUACUCGAUUGAUCGGGUGUUAACCAUAGAAAAAAACAGUUUUAUAUGUAUAGCAUUAUGUACUAUAUGAUAGUACAACUAGUAUAUAGUAAAGUACUACAAUGUGUGUGCACGCAGACAUAUUUUAUGAUACUAUAGUGUGUGUGUGGCUCACACACACACACACAUAUUAUACUACUAUAUACUACAAUACAAUAUAGUACACUACAGUACUAGUUUCUAUACUAUACUAUAUGCACAAUGAUAUGUACUACUGUUUACUUUUAUUUUCUAUAAUAUCCAAUUUGCUCUGAGUUCUUAUGCUUAUUUUUUUGUGUAAUUUCAAAUAUGAAAUGGCUUCUAACAAAUGCAUUUCCUUUUGAGGUAUUGCUUACUGACCUUUUUAUGAGAGACCAAGUACUUCAUCAUAAAUUGAGGAGAGUUUUACAAGCAAGUGUGGUUAGCUCUAUUGCAAAAUAAUUUGAACUGGGGUUCAAAGACGUCGAGAGUUUCUUUGCAAACUUUGCUCUCUCUUAUUGUCAAAAGAUUGAUUGAUUCCAACAACAUUGAGGGAUCUUUGUGGCCUCCGACAUAUUGGGCUUUUCUUGCUAUGAUUGGACCGCUUAUAAAAAAACGUGUAUCUUUGUGUAUGAGUAUUGGUGUAGCACAUUGUUAUAGGCAAAAUGUUUGAUUGUGGUUACAAAUCGCAAUUGAUUGGUGGACAAAGAGAAAAGUUUGUAAGACUGGAUGAUUUAGGCCCCAGAGCAUCCCUAGAUUCUGAGAGGGAUGGAAUGAGCAGAUGUGGGUUUGGCAUCGAAGGCUUAAGAAAGUCAUCUCAUGGUCCAUCAACCUCUUUUAAAAGAGGAAUGAGAAAAGGAUCUGAAGGAUUGAAAUCAAUUGGUCGAUCACUUCGAUUUGGAGUUUCGAGGGUAGCAUUUGCAGAGGAUCUUAAGGUGUCAGAAAAGAAGAUAUUUGAUCCUCAAGAUAAAUUCCUUCAGUUAUGGAAUAGGCUUUUUGUGAUAUCAUGCAUCCUUGCCGUAUCUGUGGAUCCUUUGUUUUUUUAUCUUCCUGUGUUCGAUAGUGUAUCAAAUUGCCUCGGCAUAGAUAAGAAGUUAGCCAUUACGUGUACCACUUUACGCUCACUUCUUGAUGCUUUCUAUGUAAUUCGCAUGUGUCUACAAUUCCGUACAGCAUUCAUUGCUCCAUCAUCCCGGGUCUUUGGUAGAGGAGAACUUGUGAUAGAUCCUGGUCAGAUAGCAGAGCGGUACUUGAAAAAGUACUUUGCAGUGGAUCUUCUAUCGGUGGUUCCUGUUCCACAGGUUUUGGUAUGGAAAUUCCUUUCAGGAUCCGAAGGUUCAGAUGUAUUGACCACAAAAAAUGGUUUACGUUAUGUCGUCAUGGUACAAUACAUCUUUAGGUUUAUCCGAAUUUCACCAUUGACUUCGGAGGUGAAAAGGACGGCUGGUGUAUUUGCUGAAACUGCCUGGGCUGGUGCUGCAUACUAUUUAUUGUGGUACAUGCUGGCAAGUCAUAUGGUUGGGGCUUUCUGGUACUUGCUUGCUGUUGAACGUGAAGAUGCAUGCUGGCGUUUUGCUUGCUCUACAAGUGACAGCUGUAACAAGAGUUACUUAUAUUGUGGCAAUCAGAAUUUGGAAGGUUUUCAAAGAUGGUCCAGCAUCAGCAAGGGAGUUCUGGAUGGUCAAUGCUCUGCUGAUAGUGACAAUUUUGAUUUUGGCAUUUAUAAACAAGCACUUUCUUCAGGAAUUGUUGCAUCAAAGAAGUUCUUGUCAAAAUAUUGUUACUGCUUGUGGUGGGGUUUGCAAAAUUUGAGUACAUUGGGACAAGGUCUCCAGACAAGCACUUACCCUGGGGAGGUUAUCUUUUCCAUAGCUCUUGCCAUUCUCGGGCUCAUACUCUUUGCCCUCCUUAUUGGUAACAUGCAGACCUAUUUGCAGUCACUCACAAUUAGACUGGAAGAGAUGAGGGUGAAACGGCGGGACUCUGAGCAGUGGAUGCAUCAUCGUAUGCUUCCUCAGGAUCUUAGGGAGCGGGUCAGGCGUUAUGACCACUACAGGUGGUUGGAGACUAGAGGAGUAGAUGAGGAGAGCUUGGUUCAGAGCCUUCCCAAGGAUCUCAGGAGGGACAUCAAGCGCCACCUCUGUUUGGCUUUGGUCAGGAGAGUUCCACUGUUUGAUAACAUGGAUGAGCGUCUGCUAGAUGCGAUAUGUGAACGAUUGAAGCCAAGCCUGUACACAGAGAGCACGUAUAUUGUGAGGGAAGGGGACCCUGUGGAUGAGAUGCUCUUCAUUAUACGUGGCCGCCUGGAGAGCAUUACCACUGAUGGAGGGAGGACUGGGUUCUUCAACCGGAGUCUCCUCAAGGAGGGAGACUUUUGCGGUGAGGAGCUAUUGACAUGGGCAUUGGACCCACGGUCAGGAGCCAACUUGCCAUCAUCCACAAGGACAGUGAGGGCCCUGACUGAGGUAGAGGCCUUUGCCCUCAUUGCUGAAGAGCUGAAGUUUGUAGCGAGCCAGUUCAGGCGGCUGCACAGCAGACAGGUGCAGCACACCUUCCGCUUCUACUCGCAACAGUGGCGCACAUGGGCAGCCUGCUUCGUCCAGGCUGCAUGGCGCCGCUACUCCAAGAGGAAGCUCGCCGAGAUUCGACGCAAAGAAGAGGAGGGUGAGGGCGAGGAUGAUGGCUCAAGUGGUGGUGGUGUUGGGCUUGGAGGCUCCUCGCCUUCAUCAAGCCUGGGAGCCACGAUCUAUGCCUCACGCUUCGCGGCCAAUGCUCUUCGUGGGGUGCACAGGCUAAGGACAAUGAAGAGCAAGGGAAGGGUAGGGGAUUUGGUCAAAGUACCGCAAAAACCCUCGGAGCCUGAUUUCACAGUCGAAGAAGAAGAAGCAGAUUGAUCAAUGUCAUGCCACCGGAUCAUGUACAUUACGGAUUAAUAUACCGACAGUUCCAAUAUACUGUUUCAUUGUAACAAGAAAAAGGCCCGCCUCACGUCCAUUAUUUUGAUAGGUUCGUUACUUGUACCAACAUGAAUUACACCGUUUGUCUUAUGUGAAAUUAAUACAUUAUAAGCAAAGCCAUUGAGCCCCACAAAUAUUUUCAAGGUCGCAGUUGUUCUUGAGUGUUCCAUUACUUCAAAGUUAAUAUUAAGAAAUGAUAAAAAAAGGAUUGGUGGUGUC